ACACAAGAACGAGCUCACCAAAGCGAUUUACACCGCAGAAAGACACGAAAUAUUACUAAUAAUUUAAUAGAGUUAGUUGCGACGAGGAUUAGUAUUGAAGUGGAGUGUUGAGUAACAGUAAUUUUACAGACUCAGAGCGAUGCAAAUGAAAUGGCAACAAGUCGCAAAGAUGAGUGAUAUCUUCUGCUGCAGAUAGGACCAACAAUUCUUUUGUUCUUUUCUUUCUGUUUUCCCCAAAUUAAGCAUAAGAUUGCGUGCCAUAGUUAUUUCCAGCAUCAUCAUCAUCAUCAUCAUGGCAUUGGGAAGAGUAAUAUACGUUGCUCACACCGUAUGUAUCAGAUCAGAGCUUCAACCCAUGGCACCUGACCGCAUUGGUUCUUCCUCUUCUUCUCGCCAAAGGGACCUCGUUUUCGUCGUCAACCCUCUAGGUGCUAAUGGGAGGACAGGUAAAGAAUGGAGGAAGUUAGUUCCAUAUCUACGGUCUCGUCUUGGUAAAGAGUGCAAUAUAUGUGAAUCCAUAACGUCGGGUCCUUGUCAUGCUAUUGACAUAACAAGAGAGGCUAUAAGGGAGGGGGCUGAUGCUGUCAUUGCUGUUGGAGGAGAUGGAACUCUUCAUGAGGUUGUUAAUGGGUUUUUCUGGGCUGGAAAACCUGUUGUUAGUCAAGUGAAAGAGUCUACACACUCAACUGCUCUUGGUCUCAUCCCCUUGGGAACUGGUUCUGAUUUUGCAAGAACAUUUGGGUGGAAAAAUGAUCCCCAUGAGGCCAUUGAACGUGUUGCUAGAGGGUUGAGAUCAAUGAUAGAUGUCGGUGUUAUCACUGGAGAGAGUUGCGACCAUCAUUACUUCAUAAAUGUCGCUGACAUUCAUUUGAGUGCAAAGGCGGGUUUUUAUGCUUCUAGAUACAAGAGAUUUGGCAACCUGUGCUAUGUCAUUGGUGCAUUGCAAGCCUUCAUUGGGCAUCAAAACCAGGACAUGAGAAUCAGGUUCAAUGAUGGUCCAUGGGAGACAUGUCCUCAAGUGACAGCCCUUUGCAUUGGAAAUGCAAAAUACUUUGGUGGUGGCAUGAAAAUUACACCAAAUGCUGAUCCUUUCAGUAGAAAUUUAGAGGUUGUAACUCUUCAGAACUUCAAGUGGUAUGAUUUUGUCUUCAAAUUACAUAAGCUAUACAGUGGGACACAUCUCUCAGUAAAAAAUGUAUCUGAUAGAAGAGAUUGAAUAUUGUUAGUGUAAGGUAAAUUAUCUUCCUUUCUAGUCACCUGCUUAACUAUGAUCCCAAUUAUAUAAGUGGUUCUCAAAACCUUCUCAGUAUCCUCUAUAACCUACUUUUAUUUUAAUGAUGCAACAACAUCAAAAACCUUAUCCCAUCAGUGAGGUCGUCUCCAUGGAUUAAUGUCAGUAGGAAAUAUGUUGUGAAUGAUCCAUGUUUGGUAUAUGUUGUGAAUGAUCCAUGUUUGGUAUAUCGACAAGUUUUAAGUUGGCUGCAAUUCAGACAAAAAUUGUCUUGGAUUUAUUAUUCUGUAUAAUUGUUUUAGUUGGAUACGACUUUGUAUGUGAAUGUGCCUUAACUGUACUGAAUUGCAACUAAAAAAAAUGUGGAGGUAAGUAUCUAGCAACAGGAUUUGGUAGCCACAUUAAACAAUUUACCAAAUGUGCUAACUUUUUCAGCUCAUGGAAGCGUAGGAUUGUGCCAUUGUGGUGGUACUCAUCCGGAGUGUUUUUUAUA